AGCGCAGGAGCAGUAGCCCGGAAAGAAGGCACGGCGCGCCGGGAGCUUCAUUCAACGUGCGGAUUCGGCGCGUUUUGACAGCUGCUACCAAAGGCGAUCGGCAAAGUUUUGCCCUCCCGCGUGUGUGUGUUUGGCGACAGCAUCGACUUGAGGAAUCCGAAUCUUCGCAAGGGACACUCGGCGUGAAACACAGCCGACGUUGCGGGAUUUCUGAGCGCAUUUUUCUUUUUCUUUCCUCCCUCCAACUGACCCGGCCCGGGAAGGCGACACGGCGGCAUCAUGAGUGCACAGACAAGGUUGCUGAUCAAGGGCGGCAAGGUUGUCAACGAUGACAUGAUGGCCGAUGCUGACGUCUUCAUUGAAGAUGGCGUCAUUAAGCAGGUGGGCAAGGACCUGUCCGUGCCUGCUGGGACUCGUACUAUAGAAGCCAAUGGGAUGUACGUCAUGCCAGGUGGCAUCGACUGCCAUGUCCACUUCGAAUUCUUCUUCAUGGGAACACGCACUGCCGAUGACUUCUACACAGGCAGCAAGGCAGCACUUGCCGGAGGAACCACCAUGAUUGUCGACUUUGUCACCAAGAAGUCUCCCAGUAUGAGCCUGCUUGAAGCCUACGAAGAUUACCGAAGCAGGGCUGACGAGCGCAUCUGCUGCGACUAUGGCCUUUCGGUUAUCCUCGAUGACUAUAACGAGAAUGUCCUCAGGGAGAUGGAAACACUGACCAAGGAGAAAGGCGUGAAUGCCUUCAAGAUGUUCAUGGCCUACAAAGGUACACUCAUGAUGGAGGAUCACAAGCUCAUCCAGGCACUCAAGGCGUGUAGCAAACUGGGAGCACUGGCUCGCAUCCAUGCCGAGAACGGCGACAUUAUUUACGAGAACCAAAGCAAGCUGCUUUGCAUGGAGGUUACUGGUCCAGAAGGCCAUCUCUACAGCCGAGAAGAAGAGGUGGAGGCUGAGGCAACACACCGGGCUAUUGUGCUGGCCAACCAGGUGAACUGCCCGCUGUACGUGGUGCACGUCAUGAGCAAAAGCGCCGCCGAGGUGAUUCUGCGGAAGCGCGCUCAAGGCUGCGUAGUGUUCGGCGAGCCCAUUACAGCGGGCCUGGGCACUGAUGGCAGCCACUACUUCAAUCGAUGUUGGAAGCACGCAGCCGCGCACGUCCUGUCGCCCCCUCUGCGGCCUGAUCCGUCCACCCGAGGUUACCUCAUGGACCUGCUCGCCAGUGGAGAGCUGCAGACGACUGGUUCAGACCACUGCACCUUCACUACCACCCAGAAGUCGAUCGGUCAGGACGACUUCACCCGCAUUCCAAAUGGAGUCAACGGCGUUGAAGAACGAAUGGGUGUUGUGUGGGAGAAUGGAGUGAACACCGGAAAGUUGGAUCCCUGCAAAUUUGUGGCCGUCACCAGUGCCAAUGCUGCAAAGAUCUUCAACAUCUAUCCGCGGAAGGGCAGAAUCCAGGCUGGUUCUGAUGCAGACGUUGUGAUCUGGGACCCCGAAAAGGAGCACGUCUUCUCGGCCCAGACUCACCAGUCUGCCAGUGACUUCAACAUUCUCGAGGGAUUCCGGUGCCGAGGUGCUCCGGUUUUCGUCAUAUCUCAGGGGCGAGUCGUCGUUGAAAAUGGAGAAGUGCAUGCUGCCAAGGGCGUCGGCAAGUUCAUCCCGAUGGCGCCCAACUGCAGCUACGUCUAUUCAGCUGUCCGGCAGAGGGAGGCUUCAAUUCCACGCAAGAUCGAUCGAUCGGCCCCAACGCCAGAACCGGAGACUGUAGAAGAGCCGCCCGUGUCGCCCGCAAAUGCUGCCCCUGCGACACAGUCAACUCCACCACCCGCACCAUAUUACAAGGAACCCCUGUACCCAGCUACGCCCCGAGAGUUCCACAGUCGGCCUCUGACACGCAGUGGCUGCCGCAACCUCCAGGACUCCACCUUCAGCCUCUCUGGUGCCCAGAUCGAUGACGACAAAGGCUCUAGAGCCGCCAUCCGUGUGCACAACCCACCGGGAGGACGAUCAUCCGGCAUCUGGUAGACAUCGCCACGUUGCUUCCAUGACAAUGGCAUCCGACUCCGCUAACUGCCACCUAAUCGCUGCCGCUGCUUGUCAGCUGUCCCACCACCCUAUGAAGUGGUUGCGAUCAAAUUUCUUUCCAUCUCCCUGUUGUGCUUGUUGUGUCGCCCUUACCAAUCCGAACUACUUCAUUAUUUUUAACGCAGUAUGCGCGGCAUUCGCUAAAUAAAGUAGCAUCGAUAUCAUGA